CCUCCCGUCACCCCGCAGCCCCUGGAGGCCUCCCGCUCCCCGCGGCCCGGGGGUGGGAAGGGACCGGGGAGGGGCGGGCGGUCCCUGCCCGCGGGGGGGAGCGAAGCGCGGCAGCCCCCUCCCCCGCCUGCCCGCUGGCUGCCGCCUUUCCUCGCCGCUCGGCCGGGCUACGCUGGUGCCGCCGCCGCCGCCACCGCCGCCGCCUCCAUCUUGUACGUGUGUCCCCUGCUCCCCCCCCUUCGCCUCCACACGGCACCGGGAGCGGCGGGGGCGCUGGAGCGAGGGGGGGCCCCCGGGGUGGGUGUGAGGGUGGUGGGGGGCGAUCCGCACCGGGGCCGGAGCGGCGGCGGCGGGAGCGGCGGCAGCGGCAUGAGGAGGAGGCGGCGCUGAGGAGGCGGCGGUAGCCGGAGCGGACAGAGCCGACAUCUUGUGCCCUCCCCUCCCGCCGCCGGCUGGGUGAGCCCGUCCGCCCCAGGGGGGAGGGGAGGGGGAGGCGGAAAGAGAGGGUUUAUAAAAAAAAAAAAAAAAGGGAAAAAAAGGGAAAAAAACCCAACCAAAAAAAAAAAAUCCCCAAAAAGGAGGCGGCAGCAACGGUGGAGACCGCCGCGGCAGCGGCGCGCUGAGGCGGCCAGGGUCUCUGGUCCACAGCGAUGAGGAAGCCUCGGAGGAGGUCCCGGCAGAACUUGGAGGGGAGGCGUUCUCCCUCGCCCUACAGCCUCAAGUGCUCACCGACUCGGGAGACCCUGACGUAUGCUCAGGCCCAGCGGAUCGUGGAGGUAGACAUCGAUGGGCGGCUUCAUCGCAUCAGCAUCUAUGAUCCCUUAAAAAUCAUCACGGAGGAUGAGCUGACUGCCCAGGACAUCACAGAGUGCAACAGCAACAAGGAAAACAGCGAACAGCCCCUUUUCCCUUCCAAAUCUAAGAAAACUCCUUCCAAAGGCAAGAAGAAGGAGUCCUGCUCCAAACAUGCGCCAGGAACAUCUUUACACUUACCCCAGCCCAGCUUCCGCGUGGUGGACUCCUUCAGCCAGCCAGAUGCCCCUCCUCUCCCUGCUGCCUACUACCGGUACAUCGAAAAGCCUCCUGAGGACCUCGAUGUAGAGGUGGAGUAUGACAUGGAUGAGGAAGAUCUGGCAUGGCUGGAAAUGGUCAACGAGAAGAGAAGGGACGAUGGUUAUGGGACAGUUUCUGCUGACACUUUUGAGCUGCUGGUGGACCGGUUGGAAAAGGAGUCAUACCUUGAGAGCCGGAACAACGGGGCUCAGCAGUCCCUCAUCGAUGAGGAUGCCUUCUGCUGCGUCUGCAUGGACGAUGAGUGUCACAACAGCAACGUCAUCCUGUUCUGUGAUAUCUGCAAUCUGGCCGUGCACCAGGAGUGUUACGGUGUGCCCUAUAUCCCCGAGGGGCAGUGGCUUUGCCGCUGCUGCUUACAGUCCCCUUCUCGCCCUGUGGAUUGUGUCCUUUGCCCAAACAAAGGCGGAGCCUUCAAGCAGACCAGCGACGGCCGCUGGGCUCAUGUGGUUUGUGCCAUCUGGAUCCCAGAGGUCUGCUUUGCAAACACUGUGUUCCUGGAGCCCAUCGAAGGGAUAAAUAACAUCCCUCCGGCUCGGUGGAAGCUCACAUGUUAUAUCUGCAAGCAGAAGGGCAUGGGAGCUGCUAUCCAAUGUCACAAGGUGAACUGUUACACUGCCUUCCACGUCACCUGUGCCCAGAGGGCUGGUCUCUUCAUGAAGAUCGAACCCAUGAGGGAGACCAGCAUCAACGGCACGACAUUCACCGUGCGCAAGACUGCCUAUUGUGAGAGUCAUUCCCCACCUGGGAUGGUAAAAAAAGGGUCUCCAGCUGCUAGUGGUGAGGGGCAGGAGGACACUGUGAAGGAGGAGGGAGAGGAAGAAGCCAAUUCUAGCCCUCCCAAAGGGUCUCUGAAAAAGAGCCAAGUGAAAUUGAAGCAGAAGAUCAAAAAGGAGCCUGGUGACGUGACCAACGGGCGUUCAUCUGUGCCCAUGGUGACAGUCACACAAAUCCCCUCUUACAGGCUGAACAAAAUCUGCAGCGGCCUCUCCCUCCAGAGGAAGAACCAGUUCAUGCAGAGGCUCCACAACUACUGGCUGCUGAAGCGGCAGGCGAGGAACGGGGUGCCGCUCAUCCGGCGCUUGCACUCGCACCUCCAGUCCCAGAGGAACGCGGAGCAGAAGGAGCAGGAUGAGAAGACCAGUGCAGUGAAGGAAGAGCUGAAGUACUGGCAAAAGCUGCGGCAUGACUUGGAGCGGGCACGGCUGCUCAUCGAGCUGAUCCGUAAGAGGGAAAAGCUCAAGCGGGAGCAGGUCAAGGUUCAGCAGGCUGCUAUGGAGCUGCAGCUGACCCCUUUCAAUGUACUUCUGCGCACAACGCUGGACCUGCUGCAGGAGAAGGAUGCUGCCCAGAUCUUUGCAGAGCCUGUUAACCUGAACGAGGUUCCAGAUUACCUGGAAUUCAUUUCCAACCCAAUGGAUUUUUCCACCAUGAGGCGGAAGCUGGAGUCCCACCUGUACCGAACAUUGGAUGAGUUUGAGGAAGACUUUAACCUUAUAGUUACCAACUGCAUGAGGUAUAAUGCUAAAGACACGAUUUUCCACCGAGCAGCUGUCCGGCUCAGAGACCUCGGAGGAGCGAUAUUGCGUCAUGCACGGCGGCAGGCUGAAAACAUCGGCUUUGACACUGAUGUGGGGAUUCACCUGCCCGAGUCGCCCAAAACCGAGGACUUUUACCGCUUUUCUUGGGAGGAUGUGGAUAACAUCCUCCUCCCGGAGAACCGGGCUCACCUCUCCUUGGAGGCCCAGCUGAAGGAGCUGCUGGAGAAGCUAGACAUGGUGAGCACCAUGAGGUCCAGCGGCGCCCGGACGCGGCGUAUCCGGCUCCUGAGACGGGAGAUCAACUCCAUUCGGCAGAAGCUGGCCCAGCAGCAGAACAAGACCAUGCCCAACGGGGAGCCUGUGCUGCGGGAAGAGGGGCUGGACAAGACAUCAAGGGAAGGGGACGAAGAAGGGGAGAAAGAUGAUGCCAAGCCCCCGCACCCUCCCACCCUGGAGCCUACAGGACCCGCACCCUCCCUCUCAGAGCUGGACUCUCUGCAGGACCCUCCAACACUCAAACCCAUCAGUGAAAGCAAGUCCUUGAAUCAGCUGCAGAAGAGGGUAAUGUCGGACAAGGAACUCUUCGACAAGAAGGCGCUGCAGCGGGAGAGCCAAGCCUUCCAGCGCCUGCUCAGUGACAACGGCCUGAACGGACUGGCCUUGCCACCCGCAGACACCCCUGCCAGCCCCCCCUUCAGCGGCGUGGGCCGACGGACAUCUGUCCUUUUUAAAAAAGCUAAGAACGGGGUGAAGCUGCAAAGAGGCCUGGACUGCUCCCUGGAGAACGGGGAGGACCACGGGCAGAGCGGGCAGCUUUCGCCCUCCCGCCCCGAUGGGGAACGACAAGGUCGGAAGCGGCCACAGAGCAGGACCUGCAGCGAGAGCGAUGGAGAGAAGUCGCCCAGGCAGGCGGGACAGAGAGGAGUGACUAACGGCUUUGCAAAACAUGUAGAAAGCGGCUCUGACUCUGAAUGCAGCUCUGGCCUGGGCGGUGGACUGGUGUUUGAAGCCUGCAGCGGUUUGAUGCCUCCCAAGCGAAGUCGAGGGAAGCCAGCUCUUUCUCGUGUGCCCUUCUUGGAAGGUGCAAAUGGAGACUCCGAUUACAGCAGCUCAGGCAGGACUCUGCUGAUGUCCUUUGAGAGUCAGGCGGAGCUGGAGCCCUUGGAGCUUGUGUGGGCCAAGUGCCGUGGCUAUCCCUCCUACCCUGCCCUGAUAAUCGAUCCCAAGAUGCCGCGUGAGGGUUUGCUCCACAAUGGAGUCCCCAUCCCAGUCCCACCCAUGGAUGUGUUGAAGUUGGGGGAGCAGAGGCAGACAGAGGCAGGAGAAAAGCUCUUCCUUGUCCUUUUCUUUGACAACAAGAGAACCUGGCAGUGGCUUCCGCGUGACAAAGUCUAUCCCCUCGGCGUGGAUGACACAGUGGACAAGUUAAAGAUGUUGGAGGGACGAAAAACCAGCAUCCGCAAGUCUGUGCAGGUGGCAUACGACCGAGCCAUGAUUCACAUGAGCCGUGUGCGGGGAGAUCAUCCCUUCGUUACGUCCAAUUACCUGUAAGGGGUCAGGGUGGCUGGUCCUCCUUUUCCUCCAGACCCCGUGCUCGCUGUGUCGGCGGAGCGGACCGUCUCGUGCACUGGCCGGCGGGGAAACACCGUUCCCAGCAGCUGUCAGCACUCCUCGAAGUACCCUGAAAUGUGCCAAAAAGCCUGUCCAGCUUCUUUCUGAAUGUGUCUCGCUGAAGAGCUGGCAGGAGAUGAAAUGUAUAGUCUACAGGGCCAGGAGUAAGGUAGUUAGGAAAAGCUGCCAGGUGACGGGAGCCAAGGUGAGCUGAUGCAGUGAGCAGAGCGCAGCACUUAGAUGUUCGGACCUCAUGCGCCCUCCCUCGCCCCUGCCUCCCGUCCCCGAGGAAUUCCCGGGAACCCGUCACCACUGUAACCGAACCAGGAUCCUUUACGGAAAUCCCAAGUGGACUUUCUUGUGCCAAAUUUACCCUAACCAUCAUUGGCCUUUUUAUUUUUUUAAAUGACAUUGAUUGUCCCAUCACAUUAAAACAAGAGCCGUAGCUGGGAGUUUGCGUUACGGUUUUCCUGCCUACGUACGCAGUGUUUCCAUGGUAGGUUUCUUUCAUUGCAUCUAGAAAAGCUUGAGAUAUUUUGGUAACCUUGAGAUAUUUUGGUAACCUUCCUCUCUGCUGCACACACUUACAUGCACAGAUGCACGGAGCUUUAAACGCGAAAAGCAAAUUAGCUGAUUUGUGUGUGUGUGUGUGUUGUGUCCUAGAAAUUGAUUUGGUAGUUUCACAUUUGAAUUCGGAUUUCUGUGACUGUGCUUGUUCCAGUAACAUUUCAUAUCAUGGUUUAGUACAGUACUGAGUCUAAGCAAAGAUAACUUCCUUUUUUUAAGAAGCAAAACUAACUUUGGAGGUGUCUAAUGAGCUGGAGCAGCUUUGCAGGCACUGAGGUUGAUCAGGGUUGGAGGGAGAUACAUCUUUUGUGUUGGUUUAUGCACAUUUGGUGUAAGGCUCCUCUUCCUUUCUUCCCUUUUUUCUGUCUCUCUAACAUUUUCCUCUGAUCGGUGUGGGUUGAAACCAAGCACUAACUAGAGCACACGACCAUUUUGCCUUGCCGCCUUCUCCCACACACACAUAUCCUUUCCCCCGUGUGUGGGUCUCCAGCGUUGUCAUCCAUUAAAACCCAAGUAAACCCAGCUCUGCAGACAAUCCCUGGUUUUUUGGGUUUGCAUUGCAAAAACGGGGACAACCGAUGUUUGGAAACUUGAUGAUAAAACCUUUUCUAUUAGCCAAGGACUUUAUGAUUUCUCUGAUCUCUUCUGUUGUGUAUCCCUUUUUGCUUUCCCAUUUUAAUAACCAAAGGUGCAGAGCAAGAUUGUAGAUUGAAUAUCAUCAUUUCGCUUUUUAACUCAAUAUUUUUUUAUUAUUUUAACUUUUUCAUACUGAAGAGAAUGUGGGGUCAAAAUAAUAAUAAUAAUAAUAAUAAUAAUAAUAAUGAAUAGUGGGGAGUAAUCACUGCCAUUUCUACUUGGUCUACUUUUUUAAAAUACCACUUCUUAUACAUUGGGACAUGGAACCACACUUUAAGAAAGAUUCCUAUAACAUGUAGAGAUGGGGCAUAGGAUUUUGUAAAAAAUAAUAAUAAUAAUAAUGCCUAUGGAGUGUGGCUAGGGAAGGAUGGUGUGUAUAUAGUUGUAAAAUAUUGUUCUAAAUUAUUUAGACCUAUUGUCACCAUUCUUGAAGUCCUCAGUUGUGUUGCUGGGUCUUUUAUAUGCACACAGUGUAAUUUAUUUAAAGGAACAUACACUUUUCCAGGUGGUAGCUCAGCUGUGGACUUGUGACCUGUGUAUAUGUUUUAAGAUCAUUUGAGAUUUGGGUUCUUUGUUUUGUUUUGUUUUGUUCUGUUUUGUUUUGUUCUGUUCGGUUUUUAAAUUACAUUUUAGAAUUUGAAUUGGCUAAUAUCCUGCUGUUGCUACGGGACCUAAACGUUACUGUCAGUCUGCUGUAAAGCACAGAUCGCUCUAUUUAUUGUAGAAAGUGAGAUUAUUUGCUUUCUAGAAUUGUUUAUAUCAGAUGGUAUAAGAGAGGUAAUAAGAAAAUCUAUGCUUGUAAAGAAAAAAAAUGCUAAUUUUACCUACUAUAAUCUGACUGUCUGAGACUAUAUUUUCUCUCUGAGAAAUAAAUGUUCUAAUGUAUAAAAAAAA